UGAACUGACAAUCAUUAUCAUUUAUCGUUGAAGAGACGAUACGACUGUUGCUGGAUUUUAUUAAACCCGUCUAACCAUCAAGCCAGUUUAGUAUACAAUAUUCAUUGCAAAGACAAUGGAGCAACUUCGCUUUGACGGACGUGUAGCCGUGGUUACCGGAGCCGGUGGAGGAUUGGGCAAAGCCUACGCAUUACUUUUAGCAUCAAGAGGAGCUAAAGUGGUAGUCAAUGAUCUUGGAGGGGGUAGGGAUGGCAGUGGAAAGUCAACUUUUGCAGAUGCUGUUGUUCAAGAAAUCAAAAGCAAAGGUGGUGAAGCCGUUGCUGAUUAUAACUCCGUUGUGGAUGGUGAGAAGAUAAUAAAAACAGCUAUAGAUAACUUUGGACGUAUUGAUAUCAUAAUCAACAAUGCUGGUAUUCUCAGAGAUAAAAGCUUCACAAAAAUGUCCGAACAGGACUGGGAUUUGAUUCAAGCUGUACAUUUGAAAGGUGCAUUCAAAACAACUCAUGCGGCGUGGGAAAUAUUCAGAAAGCAAAAAUAUGGCCGCGUUAUUAUGACCUCUAGUAAUGCCGGUCUCUUCGGAAACUUUGGUCAGGCUAACUACAGCGCGGCAAAAAUGGGUUUGGUUGGUCUAGCGAACACUUUGGCCAUUGAAGGUGCGAAAUAUAACAUCAAGGUGAACACGAUUGUACCCACCGCCGCUUCUCGUCUCACCGAAGACAUUCUGCCACCGGAGAUGUUCCAAGCUAUGAAACCUGACCUCAUCGCUCCUGUUGUGGCUUACAUGGCGCAUGAAUCUUUCCCGGAUAAUGGCAGUGUUAUAGAUUCUACUUUGGGUUUCGCCAACAAAACACAUCUUGUACGAUCGCAAGGAGCCGUGCUAAAGAAGAAACCUGCGGAUCUAGUGACAAUAGAAUCUGUAAAGGAGGCCUGGCCUCAAGUUGUUAACAUGAAUAAUGCAACCCACAAGGAGAAAUUAGCCGAAGUCACCGUGGAAUUGGUUGAAAAAUUACAGGAGUUUGAAGAACGAAGCAAGUUAGAUAGUGCAAAUGAAGCGUAUUGGUCAACUUACAAUUAUAAUGCUAAGGAUCUCGCCCUGUAUGCUCUUGGCAUUGGAGCUUCCGUCGUUAAUGCUAGCGAUUUGAAAUUCUUGUACGAGAGCCAUGAAAACUUUUCCGCAUUGCCAACCUUCUUUAUAUUACCGGGGAUGGUGAUGGAGUCGCCCGUUGUUGGCAAGUCAAUGCCACCAGGAAAGCAUGCAGAUUUUACUAACAUCCUCCACGGUGAACAAUAUAUUGAGUUUGUGAGCGAUUUCCCCGGCACUGAGGGAGAGUUCACAAUACGUAACUACGUGGUUGAUAUCCUCGACAAGGGAUCAAGUGCUGUGGCCAUUGUCAACAGUGAGAUAUUCCAGAACAAGAGUUUGGUAUUGCGCACUCAGCAGCACAUCUUCGUGCUGGGUCAGGGAGGGUUCGGAGGUCCGCGUAACAGCAACAAGGCGGUGAACGUGGCCGCCGCGCCCAAGCGAGCGCCUGAUGCCGUCGUUGAGCAGAAGACUAGCGAAGACCAAGCGGCACUCUACAGAUUGUCAGGUGAUCUGAACCCGUUGCACAUCGACCCCAACGUAGCGACAGCUGCAGGACAUCAGAAGCCGAUCUUACACGGCCUUGCUUCACUCGGAUUCUCCGUAAGACAUGUUCUAGCCAAAUAUGGCGGUAACGAUUCAUCUCUGGUGAAGGCAGUGAAGGCACGUUUCGCUAAGCCGGUGCUCCCGGGACAGACUCUCGUCACUGAGAUGUGGGUGGAGGGUACACGUGUACAUUUCCAGACAAAGACUAAGGAAACCGGCAAUGUUGUUAUUUCAGGUGCUUUUGUCGAUCUUAAGAAAGUUGUUAAGAGUGAUACCGCAGCAUCGGCUGCUCCCAGUCAACAAUCAUCAUCUGCCUUGAAAAGUGAUGGACUGUUCGCAAAGAUUGAUGAACAAGUCAAAGCUAAUCCAUCACUUGCUAAAUCUAUUGGAGCUGUCUUCCUCUACAAUAUUACUGAGAAUGGAAAGACUGUGAAGCAAUGGACUUUGGACCUAAAGGCUGGUUUAGUCCAUGAAGGUGCACCAAAAAGUGGUAAGCCGGAUACAACUAUGACAUUAUCGGAUGAAGACCUCAUAGCUUUAGCAUCCGGUACCCUCAACCCACAAACCGCAUUCUUGAAGGGCAAGCUGAAGAUUGCAGGCAACUUAAUGCUCGCUCAGAAACUGGGACCUCUUUUAAAAUCCGGAUCCAAACUAUAAAUAACUAUAUGGGUUGUUAAUUCCAAUAUUUACAUUCAAAAUAUAACACAAUAGAUAUAAGGUAAAUUCAUUAUGUAAUUUUGGUUAUUAUAUAGGUAUAAUGGUGUGGUAUCACAAACAGUUUUGUUAGCUAGCCUAAAAAUAAAAAAAAACCUUAAGUCGGUCCAAAUUAAAUAGACAUUUUAAAGUCCACAAAAUGAAAAUGAAAAUCUGCGGAUGCUACAUACAGAAACAUUGCCUUGUCUCUUGAAACGAGACAAACUCCACCUUUUCGUACAAAUAAAGAAUUAAUUAGCAAUGAGUUAAGUAAACAAAAAGCAAUAAGACAUGUAUCACUGACUGACUUUUAUUGUACACACAUUUGAAGGUGCAUCUAAUUGGUUAUUGAUAAUAAUACAUCCUUGUAUCAUUGUGUACACAAUGUUUGAACAACUGUUUGCUUAUAGGUCAAACAGC